CUGUGUGAGGAAGAUAAGUCUUCUGCUCACCAUCAGCCACUCAGAACUUCAAACAAGCUCCGAGUGCGUCGCUCUCUUAAUCCGGAUUCUAACUUGCACCCAAAUCUUUAACCAUGAGGACAUACGUUUGGAUUUAUCAGGCUUUGCUCUGUGUUCUGCUCACUAUUGUGGAUACAGGUUGCUGCAGAAAGUCUCGUCAGUUAUUACAAAGGUAUGAAAAGACUGAAAGCCACAUGCUGGUUUGCACAGACUGUCCUCAGCUCCCAUUGAUACGAACCAGCAACUCAGAGGAACGCUGUGCCCGGAAAUGCAAAGUGAAGAAAAACUUCAACUGCAGAGCCUUUAACUUUCAGCGGCACAGCAAGAAAUGCCACUUGCUUCCUUUUGACCGUUUCACCAACAAUGUGCAGAAGCAGGCCAGCAUCAACUUUACUUUAUACGAAAAAAAAGAUUACAUAAGGGAGUGUAUCACUGGCACCAUGGACAACUACAGAGGAAGGAGGUCAUGGACAAAGUCAAAUAUCACUUGCCAAGCUUGGUCAGAUAAUAACAUCAAUGAGCACACGUUUUAUCCAGAUAGGUACCCAACGCAAGACCUGAGGCACAACUUCUGUCGGAAUCCUAACAACGAUCCCGGUGGUCCGUGGUGCUACACCACAGAUCCCAAUGUACGAGCUGAGGAGUGUGGCAUACCACAGUGUUCAGAAGAUGUCUGCAUGACAUGUAACGGGGAGGAUUACCGGGGUAAAAUGGACCAUACAGAGAGUGGCAAAGAGUGCCAGAGAUGGGACUCGGCAAGGCCUCACAAACACCCCUUCCAGCCCAAGAAGUAUCGGGACAAAGAUUUAAAGGACAACUACUGUAGGAACCCGAAUAACCGCCUCCGUCCUUGGUGUUACACCAUGGAUCCCAAAACUCCAUGGGAGUACUGUAACAUCACUGUGUGUGGUUCAGACCCUACCGAGGACUCCGAUGUUGAAGUAACAACUUCCUGUGUCCAGGGAAAGGGCACAGACUACCAAGGCACAAUGAAUGUCACCCCGGAAGGUGUGACAUGCCAGCGCUGGGAUUCCCAGUUCCCACAUAGCCACUCAUUUCUUCCGCAGAACUACAAAUGCAAUUUGUGUGUGUGUUAUAGAGACCUCAGAGAGAAUUACUGUCGCAAUCCUGAUGGUGCAGAUUACCCAUGGUGCUUCACUACAAACCCUAAUCAGAGGAUAGCCAAUUGCACCCACAUCCCCAGAUGUGGUGCAGAGGCUACACAAAAAGCAGAGUGUUAUGAAGAGAAUGGAGAGACUUAUCGGGGCACUUUAUCCAUAACUCGAUCGGGGAUUCCCUGUGCAGACUGGUCACAUCACAUAAACAGUGGGGAUUCUCACUCUACGGUGUCCCAUGUAGGGCUGGAGAAGAACUACUGCAGGAACCCAGAUCGCGACAGACACGGCCCCUGGUGUUACACCAGUCCAAAUAACCGCCUGGCCUGGGAUUACUGUAAACUAAAACACUGUGAUUCAGCUACAAAGGCUCCUCAGACAAAUAUUCAAACGAGGCCCAAGAUAUCAUGCUUUGUGCACAUAAACACCAGAAUAGUUGGAGGACAUCAAGUGCGAGGUACAGAUGGCAGCUGGGUUGUAAGCAUCCAAAGACAGAAGGUCCAUUUGUGUGGUGGCUCACUAAUCAGAGAGAACUGGGUUUUGACAGAUCAGCAGUGCUUCACCUCCUGCGUUCCAGAUCUCCGGGAUUACAGUGUGCAGGUCGGUCUGCAUCACCUCGAUGAGUCUAAAAACCGACCGCGACUACGAGUCUCUCGCCUGAUCUGUGGCCCAGACGGCUCCAACCUAGUAAUGUUGAAGCUAGCAGAUCCUGCCCCUGUGUCUGAAGGUGCAUCCACCAUUCAUCUUCCCGUGAAAGACUGUCGCAUCCCUGAAGGCACCAACUGCACCAUGUAUGGAUGGGGGGAAACCAAAAAUACUGGACACGAUGAAGCCCUUAACUCUGUAAUCAUGCCGAUGGUGGACAACGACAUGUGCUCGCACAUCAAAGAAGACGCCGGGGAAAGCAGAAUAUGUGCUGGCGGGAAAAGGGGAGAAGGCGUGUGUGAUAGGGACUACGGUGGCCCACUGGUUUGCCAGGAACAUGAGCGCAAAGUCAUAAUUGGUGUGAGCAUCCAAAGGACAAAAUGUGCCUCAUCACAGCCAGCACUUUUUGUUAAUGUUGCUUUCUACUCAGAGUGGAUAUACAAAGUCUUCAGACUUUACCCGAAUGUGUAAAGAAACUAAUGGAGUGGUGUGAAAAGCAACCCACAGGGGACUACCAUAGCUUGCAAGAGCUGACAGAGGAACUUGGGCCACAAAUCUCCAACAUGGAUUAUUGGGUGGCAUACAGAAAACGACUGUAUGAUAGUGACAAGUUUGGAUUUUAUGGUGGAAUCUGUCGCCAUCUGUAGAUGACAUCUAAUUGGUUCUCACCCAUUCUUCGAUUUUGCAAAUGAGGAGAUCUCGGCAUUUUCGAAAUCAAAGUCUUGUGCACAUAAACGGAGUGCAAAUUGUUUUUUUUGACAUGUUCAGAAUUUCUGAAGCCAUGCAAACAAUGACAGUGAGGAGGACACUUGUGAUUCAGUAUUAUCUCCUGGAAUAUACUUGAACCCAACUCUUUGGUGGUUAUCACUUUAGGUAGCCUUCAUUGACUGGGACCUUUUCUUUUUUUUAGAUGAAGAAAGAAGAAUUUUUUUAAGUGUCGAGCUGGUCUUUUUACCUUAAACACAAGCGAUGUGGAUUGACAUAAAUGUGGCCUUCAUGACAUAAAAAGGUACAUAUCUGGUAUUAAGGUGAUUAUCACAGCAACUAAAGGUGUCCAUGUCCCAGAAAAGAAAAUAUAUGCGUGAAAAUGUCAUUACAAUCUGCCUAUUAUGUUCCCUUUGUGAAAAUAGCCUUUCAGCCUGGCAGUGCUAAUUGUGUGCAGUAGCUGAACUACCUUUUCCCCAGUUAGCUGUAACUAUUAGUUUUCCCCAUGAGAGGGUCUAAG